AUGCAUGAGGUCAAUGGAGGUUCGGCGCAAUGUACAUUCAGCCUAUGUCACGAUAUUGUGUUGCAUCAACUGCUAGUAUAUACGAAAAGGAAAUUCCGCGUUUCCAAAAAAAAGGGGGCCCACGAUUCAUCCAACUCGUCCGGACCCUUAUCAAAUAUCAACUAUUCACCAAAAAAAAGACUAUCGCCCCUCCUACUACAACACUUCCUCCCCUUCCCCCUCCCCCUCCUCCUCGCCAGCGUACCUCUCAUCCGCCAACAACAACUCCAACACCGCAUCCACCACCCCAGCACUCAAUCCCCUAUUCUGCAGCGCCCGCACCUUAUUCAGCACCGGCUCCGUAUUAUUCACGCAGUUCCAAACAUCCCACUUCUUAUCGAGGGCGAAGCCGCUGGCGUCAAUAAUGUGCCAGAUACGGGGAUUUGGGUCGAGGACGUCGAGGCGCGGGUGCGGGGCGAGCUCGAUGGUGAGGGAGUGGUCGCUGGGGAUGGGGGCGCAGAGGGUGAUGAGGGUGCCGGUGGGGUCGGAGGUUGUGGUGUGGGAUAUGGGUUUGGGGAUGGGACGUUUGGUGUGCGGGGCCGUGGUGAAGCAUCGGAUGGGUGGAGGGGGUGGGUGGUGGUGGUGGUGGGAUCACGGGUGGUCGGAGUGGUGUCGCGUAUGGCAUCACGCAUUCUCUCAGGAGGGUUUUGGAAGCCCUGA